AGAGAGAGAGAGAGGGAAGAGAAAGAGAGAGAGGCAGAGAGAGCGAGAAAGGGCGAGCGAGAGAGGAGAGAGAGACUGCAACAGCAGCCGGCAUGGAGCUCGAGCCUUUCCGGGGGAGAGCGAGCAUCCUCUAAUCUGCCAGGGUCACGGUAGAAUACAUGGACACCUGAGACAACAGACUACACUUCUAUAUCACCAUGAGGAACUGCUGACACCCCCCUCACCUGACUACCAGAGAGAACACACUUUCUUCCUCCCAUCCUCUCUCCCACUCCGCCCGUCUUCACAAGGAUAAGCGUUAUUGUCGAGAGUGGAACAAGUGAAUGUCAGAGGACAAAAUAGAGAAAAAAGCUGAAGCCCUCCCUUGACCCUUGAUCUCUAACCCCUGACCUGUGACCUCAGUAUGUCAGGUCUGCGUGGUAAGCUGCAGCGUGUCCAGUGGCGGGCAGGAUGGCACUCCUUCACCAGACCAAACGAGAGCAUGUUGGACUCUGGGACAGGUGGUACAAGCAGCCAUGGCACCAAACUAGCGAGGGUGUUGUCCACGGUAGACCUGGUGUCACUAGGGGUGGGCAGCUGCGUUGGCACGGGGAUGUACGUGGUCUCUGGGCUGGUUGCUAAGGAGAUGGCCGGACCUGGCGUCAUCGUCUCCUUCAUCAUCGCUGCUGUCGCCUCUAUACUGUCAGGAGUGUGUUAUGCUGAAUUUGGGGUUCGCGUUCCCAAGACAACAGGCUCAGCCUACACCUACAGCUACGUGACAGUGGGGGAGUGUGUGGCCUUUUUCAUUGGCUGGAACCUGAUCCUGGAGUACRUGAUUGGUACAGCCGCGGGGGCGUCYGCUCUCAGCAGCAUGGCGGACUCACUAGCCAAUAAAAGCAUCUCUACGUUUAUGACUACYCACAUCGGAACARUCAYRGGCCUGGGUAAAGGAGAGCAGUCGUACCCAGACCUCCUGGCCCUGCUGAUAGCAGUGAUAGUGACAGUGAUCGUGGCCCUGGGGGUGAAGAACUCAGUAGGGUUUAAUAAUGUGUUGAAUGUGAUCAACCUGAUGGUGUGGGUCUUCAUGAUGGUGGCCGGACUCUUCUUCGUCAYCGGACACAACUGGGACGAUGGAAGGUUCCUACCCUUCGGGUGGUCAGGGGUGAUGCAGGGAGCGGCAACAUGUUUCUAUGCAUUCAUAGGGUUUGACAUCAUCGCUACAACAGGAGAGGAAGCCAAGAGUCCCAACACCUCUAUACCCUAUGCUAUUACUGUUUCCCUCAUCACCUGCCUUACUGCAUACGUCUCUGUAUCAGUGAUUCUGACUCUGAUGGUUCCCUAUACAGAGAUCGAUGCAGACGCUCCCCUGAUGGAGAUGUUUGCUGUCCAUGGCUGUUAUUUUGCWAAGUACAUAGUAGCAGUAGGCUCUGUAGCUGGCCUGUCUGUCAGUCUCCUGGGCUCUCUGUUCCCCAUGCCACGAGUCAUCUACGCUAUGGCUGGAGACGGACUGCUGUUCAGGUUCCUGGCCCAUGUGUCUCCCUACACUGAGACUCCAGCGGUGGCAUGUGUUGUGUCUGGCUGUCUGGCUGCUCUCCUCUCUCUCCUCGUCUCCCUACGAGAUCUCAUAGAGAUGAUGUCCAUAGGAACACUACUGGCUUACACACUGGUUAGUGUGUGUGUGUUGUUGCUACGCUACCAGCCAGAAUCAGACAUCCACGGCUUUGUGAACUUCCUGUCUGAGGAGCAGUCCAAUAAGAAGAAAGAGGGCGUGUUAGCUGAGUGUGAGAAGGAAGUGUGUUCUCCAAUCAGUGAAGUAGAUGACUACGGAGGACCUCAAACUAACACCUGUGGAGCUAAGAAUCUCCCCUCGCUAGGCGACAACGAGAUGCUGAUUGGUAAACCAGAUAAAACCACUUACACUGCCAGCCACCCGAACUACGGCACCGUCGACAUGGGCUCCGGCAUCGAAUCAGAAGAGUCYGAGGGCGGGAUGUCGUGGAGGUUGAAGAAGCUGAUUGGUCCGCGGUACUACACCAUGAGYAUCCGAUUGGGCCUSCCUGGGAAGAUGGACCGGCCCACUCCGGCAACGGGAAAGACAGUUACUGUCUGUGUCCUCCUCCUCUUCCUCGUCGUGUUCAUCUUCAACUCCUUCAUCAUCUUCGGAGCGGCCAGCAUCGGUGAUGGCAGCUGGUGGGCUCUUCUCCUGCUGAUCUUCCUGGUCAUCUUGAUGGCCCUCCUCAUCGUCAUCAUCCUGCAGCAGCCAGAGAACCCUAAGCGACUGCCCUACAUGGCUCCGGCUGUUCCCUGGGUUCCUGCUGCUGCCAUGCUGGUCAACAGCUACCUGAUGUUAAAACUGUCUGCCAUCACCUGGAUACGCUUCGCUGUCUGGUGUUUCCUAGGUAUCCUGAUCUACUUUGGCUAUGGGAUGUGGAACAGUACUUUGGAGAUCAGGUCCAGGGAGCAGGAGGUCCAUGCGUCUACAUACCAGCGCUACGAUGGUCACCAUGCCGGGGUGGACGACGGCUUCUCAGGCUUCAGRGUUGACGACGACKUCUACCCCCCUAGCAACAACGACCCCUGGGCCGCACCAGACGGUGURGACGGGUCAGGGCUGGUACCCCCCAAGGCUGAUGAUGAUGAUUGGACGGUUCCGAAGGGAGGAGCUAAGAGAGCGUUAGCGGAGGAGGACCCAGUGGAUUUCUGAGAAGAAAGGAAUGAUGGACGGAUGGACGGAUGUUUCCGAGAGGAUUGAUAGAUGUUACUGUUGUAAACACCUGAAUGUACUGCCGGCUGCCUGCCUGCCUGCUGGGUGUGUGUAUGUGCGUGCGUGCCUGCGUGCGAGUGAGUGCGUCCAUGUGAAUGUUUGUGUGGGUCCCUUGUUACUUAUUUAAAAACUCUUUUUUUUUUUCAUUGAGGAAAUAUGAUCCUAUGGAGGUAAGCUGUAGACUACCAAUCAGAAACAGUGGGCGGGGUCUUUGGGUUGAUUUGGUGAUGGGCAUACAGUGAAGGUAUUUUCCUCUCACUAUAGACAGUCCAGAGUGAUGACAGACUGGGAGCGACGAGUCAGCAUUUCCUGGUUCACCACACACACAYGAAGCUGUCAGAGCGCUGAGCCGAGGUCACUUCCUGUCACUGGUCCAGGUGUCUCUGCUGCUUCUCUCAUCUCACAGAGAGGAAACUAGCUACACACACACACACACAGACACACUUCGACACACACCCGCCUCUCCAGUCUCUAUCUGGGAAGGAGAGGGGCUGAUGGGGUUUUUGUGUCACAUA